AAUUAUAAUUCAAGCCCAAAAGGAGGAAAUGUUAACUAAUGGGCCUAAGUAAGGCCCAUAAUCUCUUUGUCGAGAAAAGGGCCCUACAAUCCAAGUGAGUUCAAAUAUUGUUAUUGAAAACCCUCCCUCCAUUUUUUUAGCUCCCUCCAUCAGCUGCAGAAGCCUCCGGCGGCGGUUUACCACUCCGGGCGCGGCAAUGGGUAUUGAUUUGAUCGCAGGAGGUAAGAGCAAGAAAACCAAAAGGACAGCUCCGAAAUCUGACGAUGUCUACCUCAAGCUUCUUGUUAAGCUUUACCGGUUUUUGGUGAGGAGGACUGGAAGCAGCUUCAACGCGGUGAUACUGAAGAGGCUUUUCAUGAGCAAAGUCAACAAAGCUCCUCUUUCUCUCUCUAGGCUCGUCAAUUUUAUGCAGGGCAAGGAAGACAAGAUUGGGGUGGUAGUUGGGACCGUGACGGAUGACGUGAGAGUGUACGAGGUUCCAGCUUUGAAGGUGACGGCUUUGAGGUUUACGGAGACAGCCAGGGCUCGUAUCGAGAAGGCUGGUGGAGAGUGCUUAACCUUUGAUCAGCUCGCACUCCGAGCUCCGUUGGGACAAAACACUGUGCUUCUGAGAGGGCCGAAGAACGCUCGGGAAGCGGUGAAGCACUUUGGUCCGGCGCCGGGUGUGCCUCACAGCCACACUAAACCGUAUGUUAGGUAUACGGGAAGGAAGUUCGAGAGAGCCAGAGGUAGGAGAAAGAGCCGUGGCUUCAAAGUCUAAGUCUUAUGGUCCCUUUUCUUUUUCUUUGAUCCAAACUUCCGCUUCAGGACAUGGAAUUAUGGUGUUUUUCUCUCCUCACACACAUUUCCGUUUAGUGCUUGCAAAAUGCUGGGUUUGUCACAAAGCAGUAAAAUCUAUUGAAAGUAAAAGGCUUCAAAUUCCAUC